UUUCCUGAGUACUCUCACCCGCCACUCUCCGUCACGGAGGCAGUGAAUGGAAUUGGCCAAGUUGCUGAUAAGAUCCCAGAUAAUCAUAGUACACUGGGAUCGUAAAUUCAGUCGUUCAGUUAUAAAUCAGCUCCGAGCACUUUGACUGCAGUUUGCAAAAAGCAAAAAAAAAAAAAACAAUUUUAGAAACACUGGAAGUAAAGCACACGGGAACGGAAAACAGCUGCAAAAUGAGCGAGGAACUUGAUGUUCUGGUAUUCGGUUCGGCCAUCAUAGAUUUCAUCUGCUACACGCCUCGCCUUCCCAAGGCUGGGGAAACGCUUCACGGACACAAAUUCCAGACGGGCUACGGCGGCAAGGGUGCCAAUCAGUGUGUGGCAGCCGCCAGGCAGGGCUCCAGGACGGCCAUGGUGGCCAAACUAGGCGGCGAUACCUUUGGCAGCGACUAUCUGCGCCAGCUGCGGGAGGAGAACGUCAAUGUGAGCCACGUGCAUCAGGUGGAGGGCCAGAGCACGGGCAUUGCCCAGAUCGCAGUCUCCGACGGUGGCGAGAACAACAUCAUCAUUGUUGUGGGUGCCAACAACGAGCUGGACGCCAAUGACGUCUUCCUCGCCAAGGAGCUGUUCUCCGAGGCCAAGGUACUCGUGUGCCAGCUGGAGACGCCCAUUGCAGCCACACUGCAGGCGCUGCGCUGCUUCAAGGGAGUGUCCAUUGUGAAUGCCGCUCCGGCCAUGGAGCAAACGCCGCCAGAGCUGUUGCAGCUUUCCAGCAUCUUCUGCGUUAAUGAGAGCGAGGCGGCCAUAAUGACGGGCGUGGGCAGCGUGAGCAGCAUAAAUGAAGCCAGCAAAGCCUGCAAGCGGCUCAUUGAGAUGGGUGCCAACACGGUUAUUCUCACACUGGGACCACUGGGCGCUGUGUGGGGUGGCAAGGAGGCGCCCGGCAAGUUUCAGCAUGUCGCCGCUCCUCAGGUCAGCAAUGUGGUGGACACUACGGGCGCGGGAGACGCUUUCAUCGGUGCUUUGGCCCACAACCUGGCCCACUUCCCCAAACGAUCGCUCAACGCACACAUCGCGGCCGCCUGUGUGGUGGCCUCGCAGUCUGUCCAGCUGCCAGGGACCCAAUCGAGCUUCCCACGCGCCUAGCCCCCCGUUUGCCACAGGAAGCUGUCUCUAGACCCGUGUACUUACGCCCAAUAAAUCUACAGCUUAAAACCCAA